AUGGCGACCUCAAGCAUCAAGACUUUGCCACUAAUGGCUAUCCCUAGCUUCUCCAUUUGCCACAAGCUCCAGCCUCUCAAGGAAGAAGAAGGGCUAAGCCACGAGUUCUUAGACAUGUUGGACUCUCUUCCUAAGGAAAGAGGUUGGAGAACACGUCACCUUUACCUGUUCCAAGGGUUCUGGUGCCAAGCCAAGGAGAUUCAUGCCAUCAUGUCCUUUCAAAAACACUUCAAGCCUAUCCAAAACGAUGUUAUUCUCGCCACCAUACCAAAAUCCGGUACAACAUGGUUAAAAGCUUUAACGUUUGCCAUCCUUAACCGAAACCGGUUUGAUCCGGUAGUUUCUGACCACCACCCUCUCCUCACGUCAAACCCUCAUGACCUAGUUCCUUUCUUGGAGUACAAGCUUUACGCAAACGGAGAAGUUCCAGACCUCUCUGGUCUCGCUAGUCCAAGAACAUUCGCAACACACGUCCCGUUUGGUUCUCUCAAGGGCUCCAUCGAGGAACAAGGUGUGAAGGUUGUGUACUUGUGUCGGAACCCGUUCGACACGUUCAUCUCCUCGUGGCAUUUCAGCAACAGUGUGAAGUCAGAGUCAGUGAGUCCUGUCUCGUUGGAAGAAGGGUUUGAUCUGUACUGCAGGGGAGUGAUAGGGUUCGGACCGUUUUGGGAACACAUGUUGGGGUACUGGAAAGAGAGCUUGAAGAGACCAGAGAGAGUCUUGUUUUUAAAAUACGAAGAUCUGAAAGAAGACAUUGAGACUAACUUGAAGAAGCUUGCAAGUUUCUUGGGCGUUUCUUUCACUGAAGAAGAGGAAGGAAAGGGUGUUGUGAAGGCGAUAGCGGAUCUGUGUAGCUUCGAGAGUCUAAAGAAGUUGGAGGUGAACAAGUUAAACAAAUCGAUCAAGAACUUUGAGAAUAGGUACUUGUUUAGGAAAGGGGAAGUGAGUGACUGGAGAAACUAUCUGUCGCCUGUACAGGUGGAGAGGUUGUCUGCCUUGGUGGAUGAUAAGUUAGGUGGGUCUGGUCUCACUUUCAGGUACUGCUGAACAAGGCCAUGUGUUCACGUUUGUUUCAAUAAAUAUCAGUGUGAUUUGUCAUUAAUGUUUUCAUUUGUUUGUAUGUGUUAUGGUUCAUGUGUGAGUGUGUAUGACUGAAUAAAUAUCAGUGUGCUUUGCCAUUAUGUUUUCAUUUAUUUCGAAGUUUCUACUUCAUGUUUGUGUGUGAUUGAUGUCUCCUGAUAGUUUGAUACAACUAGAUCCUCUGUAUUCCUCGUCGCAUAACGAUCCAUGCUUAGUAUUUUCAGCUGUUUCA